AUGCAACCUAGAGACUUUCCGGUUUCGAACCAGCGAAGAGAAACUAAAAAAGAGAAUGUUGGAUUCCGUCCUCCAAUUUAUGUUCCAAGAAAGAAAGACCAAGAUCUAAAAAAGCGAAUGUUAACUCCGAGAUCAGCCAAAAAAGAAAGACUAAGACUUAAAGAAGAGAAUAUUAGCACCGAUAUGCUAGAAUGA